AUGGUGUUUCUCCUCGACUUUCUGCACGAGGACUUGAACAGGGUACAAGAGAAACCUUACAUCGAAUUAGAAGAUUCUGACGGCCGUCCCGACGAAAAAGUUGCCAAGGAGGCCUGGGACAGGUAUAAGAAGCGUAAUGAUUCCUUUAUUGUUGACCUAUUCCACGGCAUGCUCAAAUCCACGGUCGUCUGUCCUGAGUGCAACUACACAUCCGUCACCUUCGACCCUUUCGCCUCACUCAGCCUGCCCCUCGACGUCGUCCUCACUAAUGCAAUUCUCGUCAUUCACCUUAAGCGUUUCCGUACAAUGUUCCGUAUUAACAAAAUCAACGAAUUCGUCGAUUGCCCAUUAGAAGGCCUCAAAAUACGUAAUUCGAGGAAUCAAGAACAUAUUUAUGACCUCGUUGCCGUCAGCAAUCACAUGGGUGGACUGGGGGGUGGACACUACACUGCUUAUGCUAAGAACCGAGACGACAACCGCUGGUACAAUUUCGAUGAUUCUUUUACGUGUCACCUCUCAAGAAGUCCUAUAGUACGUCCGUCACAUUUUGAUGCAUGCUGUUCUGUUGAAUGGAAAUGCAUUUUCAAUAAUUCCACUGUAGGCCCUUAA